AACGGUGUAGACACAAAAGUUUUUCAAUAGAAAAUUUAUUAGAAAAUCAAAUAUCUUAUAAUUACAGUUGUUAAAAGUUUAACCGUUAAAUAGCGUAUUUAAUUCAGUUUAUAAAAAAAAAUUGCUAACGGAAAAUCAAGAACGGAAUCAUACAGGCAUUUACUAGUUGAAUCUUGUAAUCGAUCGUGAUGCAAUCUCAUGAGGAUAGUUGUUUAUAUAAUUAAUAUAAGUAGAUAAUUUUACACAUUGUCGAGUUAGUAAAUAUUUAAAGAUAUAUAUUUUAUUGAGAAAUAAAAGAAAUCAAGAAAAUGGUUGAUUGUUUAAUACCACGGACGUAUUAUGUGCUAAUAUGUUUCUUCAUAUUAUAUCCAAACGGUGCCAAUUUCGUACCAGGGGAAAAAAUCAAUUACAAUCUUGCUAAUUCCUGGGCAGACAAACUGGGUAUGGAGCUAUACCAUUUGGGUGAUUUCAUUACCAGAAGAAAAGAAGUUCAAGAGAGUUUCAAAGAAGCGCAGGUCAUAUCCAGAAAUGGCGCUAAAAUUGUGGAAAAUAUGGCGCACGACAUAAAAAUUAUGAUGGAAUUAAAAAUUAGCGCAGUUCGGCGCAUAAUGGAUACAGCGGAAAAUACCGCAUUGUCACAUCAGAACGACAAAGAGGAUUUUUAUUUUUCUUAUUAUAAUGCCAAAGAUAUGAGAGGGCCCGAAGAUCCAAUACCAACACCAGCACCUCGGGAGCUGGACGACAUGGGCAAACCACAUAUUUUUGUGCCACCCAAAGAGAUCAUUCUAACACCGAAAGCUGAAUUUUUCGAUACGCCAGUCAACCUGAGCGUCAGUUCAGUGCAUGUGCCCUUGAAUGUAUUCGAUCGAGCCGCGGAAGUCAUCAAAUCCAUUCAAUGGUCAGAGAAUUUAGAUCAAAUAUUUCGCGAUAAUUACAAAAACGAUCCAACACUGUCGUGGCAAUUUUACGGCAGCUCGACUGGUUUCAUGCGCCAAUUCCCGGCAGCCAAGUGGAAAGCUAAACCAGUCGAUUUGUAUGAUUGCCGACUGCGUUCAUGGUAUAUGGAGGCAGCGACAAGUCCCAAGGACAUCAUCAUUCUAUUGGACAGUUCGGGCUCUAUGAAAGGACAGAGGCUAGAUAUCGCAAAGAAAGUUGUUAAUACAAUACUUGAUACGUUGGGUACCAAUGACUUUGUGAACAUCUUCACCUUUGGUAAAACAGUAGAGCCGGCCGUCAAAUGUUUUGAGGAGACACUAGUUCAAGCGAAUCUUGGCAAUAUAAGGGAACUCAUGGAAGGUGUUGAUAAUGUAAAUAUUGGAAAUAUUGCCAAUUUCACCGCUGCACUGACGAAAGCUUUUGAGGUUUUGGAACAAUUUCGCACGGAACAACGCGGUGCGCAAUGCAAUCAGGCCAUUAUGAUCGUAAGUGACGGCGCACCCUUUACGUAUGCGGAUGUCUUUGAGCAAUACAAUUGGCGCGAUCUACCCUUUAAACCGGUACGUGUAUUCACUUAUCUCAUUGGCAAAGAGGUGGCUGAUGUUAAGGAUAUUAAGUGGAUGGCUUGCGCUAAUCAAGGUUAUUAUGUACAUUUGAGUGAUAUGGCCGAGGUCCGUGAAAUGGUACUCAAUUAUAUACCUGUAAUGGCGAGACCACUUGUUCUAGGCAAAAAUGAUCAUCCAGUUGUAUGGACCCAAGUAUAUGCUGAUUUUAUUGAUCCAAAAAUGUCCGAUUGGUUGUGGGAAACGAAACAAUGCGAUGAUCAACGGGAAGAUGUUUUAGAAUUUCGGCGUGAAGGCUAUCGCAUGUUGGAACCUAAUGAAGUACACAAGCGCAUCUAUCUGCGCAAUAAAGCGGCUUGGAAUCAACCCCUGGAGUCGGAUACAUAUCAAUUUAUGACUACAGUCUCUAUGCCUGUUUACGAUCGGCGCAUGAAUGCGAAUAUCACCGAAGAGGUUUUAAUAAAUGAGGCGCUGUGGGAAUUGCAAACUCGUGAGACCAAAAUUGCAAAUCUUCUGGGUGUUGCCGGCACGGAUGUACCUAUCAGGGAUAUCAAACGAAUGCUAUCUCCAUUUUUGCUUGGCGUUAACGGUUAUGCAUUUAUUGUAACCAAUAACGGUUACAUACUAUUCCAUCCAGAUUUUCGUCCAAUUUUUCAAGGCAAUAUUUUAAAGCCCGCUUACAAUAGUGUGGAUAUGAUCGAAGUCGAAUUAUUGGACGAUGAUCGAGCAGCGAGAGAUUUUAAUCCUGUACUACUAACGAUACGCGAUUCGAUAAUAAAUCAAUCGACGGGUAGUAAAUGGAUGCUGGUGAAAAAUCAUUUUGACGAAAUGAAACGAGUUGCUCGUAUUAAACGUCAAUAUUAUUGGCGAGCGAUACCAAAUACACCAUUUACGCUAGUCAUUACAUAUCCCGAGCAAUAUGGUGUACAUCGCUUGGCCAUUCGAGCCGAAAAUGAGAUUCACCGCAUGAAUAUUAAAGGUGAAAACUUAUUAAACUAUUUUGGUGGCAAACGUUGGCGUAUUCAUCCAACUUGGUUGUAUUGUAAACAUAACAACAAGACAUUUGCAACACCAGAAGAAGAGUUAGUCUGGUUUUUGAAUAAAAUGUCACAACCUGGUUGGAGAUGGCCACUAAGUAGAAGUGCGUUGCCACCAGAGCACGCAGCGCUAAUGUUUUCUAACACAUCUACCGGGCGCAUACCAUCCAUAAACGAUAAAGAAAGUUACUAUUGCGACCGCCAACUAAUGCAGUCACUCGUUUUCGACGCAAGAGUCACUGAAUGGUUUUCGAAAAAUACAAGCUUCAAUUCCAAAGAUGAUAAAGGCACGAGCGCUUCAAGCCCAAUAGCCGUUCUAAUGGGUUUGUUGCCAAGAAAUGAAUUCAAGCAACGUUUUGGCAUAACCGUCGCAUUUUUGGCAACGCACAGCGGUCUAACACGGUGGCAGGAGUUUCACUCCAAUAUGGCUGAGGAAGCUGGCGCUGGCGAAGUAUUCAGCGAGCAAAAUAAACGUGCCAUUGACGAGAUGUGGUACAAGCGAGCGGUUGAUCAACAUUUCGUGCACAAAGACAGUUUCGUGUACUCAGUGCCGUUCGAUGCUGGAGAUCUAGGUGAGGAAAUCACGGUAACUGCAAGUAAUGCAGUAUUCCACACGGAGAGCGCAAAAUCAGCACCAGCAGCCGUUGUAGGAUUUCAGUUUCAUCACUCAGCGCUUGAUAAACUAUUCCGCAAUAUAACUGGCAAUGGUUGUGCUGUGGAGGAUCGAGAAUGUUAUGUUAUUGAUAACAACGGUUUUAUAAUUAUCUCUCCGUAUCGUCAAGAGAUCGGCAAAUUCUUUGGUGAGAUCAACGGUGGUAUUAUGCUGCGUUUGGUAGAGGAAAAAGUCUUUAAACAGGUCGUCGUAUAUGAUUAUCAAGCUGUUUGUUUUGAGUCCAGCGGUGAUAUGAAUGCAUCGAAUAGUUUAUUAUCGCCACUCUUCCAUGUGUUACGCGCACUCAAAUGGCUGCUGCAUACAGCGUUGUGGUAUAUUGUACAAUUCACCAAUACGGCCAUUGCCGAAUUUAUUGAUCCAUAUAUUGAUGAAGAUAUGAGCGACUAUCCAGCCAGUACGAAAACUACCGAUUGGCUACGUUUGGUGACGUUGCAUCGAACGCGCUUGAAAUCGUGCGAUAUGCAGCGCGUUCUAUAUCUUAUGUACAAUGAGAAGGAUAAUGUGGCUUUCAAUAUGACAGCCCAUGUAUGCGAGCGGCCAUUUGUUGUGCUCCCAAUACCGAAUAGUAAUAUGAUAUUGUUGGUAAUCGACCAGCGUUGUCCGCGAGACCCCUCAAUACAGCUAUCCGUGAAUCCGGCUGAUAUUCAUUAUCCGCUUGAUAAAAAUCAAACAUUUGCUUGCUAUAAGAAUGAUCGAGAGUUCUCAAGAGUGCGUCCAGUUAGUUGCAUAAACCGACACAUAAAUGAAAGUUCAAUCGAGUUAUGCGGCAAGGCGGGAAGCAUAUAUAUCAACGUGAUCCUGCUGAUGCUUGGCCUCUCUUUAUGCCGAUAUCUGUAACACUAGUGCAUUUUUAUUUAAAUGAAAUUCCUGUAUAUUAUUAUUAUAUUUUUAUUCUCCAUUUAGCUAUUUUUAACUAGAUAUCGCUUUAAGUGCUAUAAUUAAAUUAAUAACGUUAUAGACUUGUGUGUUGUAUGUGAGUAAGUUUUCGUACUAAAAAGCGUGAAAGGAAUUUAAAAUUUAACACAACAGUAUGCAUACAUGAUUUAUCAGUGUUAUAAGCGUAGUUUGUCUUUAGAAAACUCAGACCAUAAUGCGAAAAAGCUACACAAUAUUAAGAACAAAAAAAAAAAAAAA